AUGACGACCAAGACGCUGGUGGUGGCUGGGGCGGGCGUUGUGGGGCUCGCGGUCGCACGCGCGGCUGCCUGUCGCGGGGUGGAAGUGCUGCUGCUGGAGAAGAACCCGCUUGUGGGGCAGGAGACCAGCGCGCGCAACAGCGAGGUCGUGCACGCGGGUAUCUACUACGCCAAGGACAGUUGGAAGGCGAGGCUCUGCGUUAAGGGGCGGGGGCAGCUCUACGAGUUCUGCGAGGAGUUCGGCGUGCCACACGCGAGGUGCGGCAAGCUCAUUGUGGCGCACGCGCACCAGUCGAAGCAGCUGCAGUCGAUUCUCAAGCGCGGACUGCAGAACGGCGUGAGCGACCUGAAGCUGCUGACAAAGAGCGAGGCGAGGGAGAUCGAGCCGCUCGUGGACUGUGAUGAGGCACUGUUCUCACCCUCUACGGGCAUCGUGGACUCGCACGCGCUGAUGCUGGCGCUGCAGGGCGACGCGGAGGCAAACGGCGCGAUGGUGGCGCGUGCGACUGCUGUUCAAGGAGGCACCUACGAUGCUAAGUCAAAGCGGUUUGUGAUCCGGGCAACACAAGAUGAUGGAGAUGAAGAGCAGGAGGUAGAGUGCGACUACUUUGUCAACGCCUCGGGCAUGUUCGCACCGAACCUCCUCGACAAGUUCGCGAAGGGCACGUACUUCAAGCUCAGCCCCAAGAAUCGUCCUUUUAGCCAUUUGGUGUACCCGAUCCCGGAAGUUGGCGGUCUUGGUGUGCACGCGACGGUGGAUCUAGCGGGUAAUGUCCGCUUUGGGCCGGAUGUUGAGUGGAUUGAUACUGUCGACUAUCAGCCCGACCCAGCGAAAGCGGAGAAAUUCGCAGAGAGAAUCCGCGCCUACUGGCCGGAUGCACGCGCUGAGCUGCUGGAAGCGGACUAUUGCGGUAUCCGUCCCAAGAUCGCGACCAACGGCAACAUCUUUGAAGAUUUUUACAUUGCGGAUAAGCAUACUCAUGGUGUCCCGGGCCUCGUACACCUUUGCGGCAUUGAGUCGCCCGGUCUUACCGCUUCGCUCGCCAUCGCCGACACUGUUGUCGACAUGCUGCAAGACAAAAACUGA